AUGAACUUGACAUACCACUAUGGUGUUCACCAGCCUCCGGACUUGUGGAAUCACACCUACAGCCGUGGCGGUGUCAAGAACCAGUCAGUUGCCAAGGGUUACUCUUCAGAAGGGUGCUACAAGCAGCUUUUUGUCUCCCCGGAAGUGUUUGUCACUCUCGGCUUUGUCAGCCUGCUAGAGAAUGUCCUGGUGAUCGUAGCCAUCGCCAAGAACAAGAAUCUGCAUUCGCCAAUGUAUUUUUUCAUUUGCAGUUUAGCUGUGGCAGACUUGCUGGUGAGCGUCUCAAACGGCUCAGAAACAAUUGUGAUCACCCUCUUGAACAACACAGAGGCAGAUGCGCAUAGUUUCACUGUGAGCAUUGACAAUAUCAUUGACUCUGUGAUCUGCAGUUCCUUGCUUGCCUCUAUUUGCAGCCUGCUUUCCAUCGCUGUGGACAGAUACUUUACUAUCUUCUACGCUCUCCAGUAUCACAACAUCAUGACGGUGAGGCGUGUAGGUAUCAUCAUCACCUGCAUCUGGGCUGCUUGCACAGUUUCUGGGAUUCUGUUCAUUAUUUAUUCCGACAGCAGUGUUGUUAUCAUUUGCCUCAUCAGCAUGUUCUUCACCAUGCUAGUCCUCAUGGCUUCUCUCUAUGUCCACAUGUUCAUGCUGGCCCGGCUGCAUAUUAAAAAGAUUGCCGUUCUCCCAGGCACUGGCCCAGUUCGUCAGGGUGCCAACAUGAAAGGGGCAAUCACUUUGACCAUUUUGAUUGGAGUCUUCGUGGUGUGCUGGGCCCCACUCUUCCUCCACUUGCUUUUCUACAUCUCAUGCCCUCAGAAUCCAUAUUGCAUCUGUUUCAUGUCCCAUUUUCACUUGUACCUCAUCCUCAUCAUGUGCAAUUCUAUAAUUGAUCCACUGAUCUAUGCAUUACGGAGUCAAGAGCUGAGGAAAACCUUUAAAGAGAUUAUGUGCUGCAGCAGUCUGAGAGAGCUGUGUGAUUUCUCUGCGAAAUACUGA